UCAUUAUCAAUUUUGCAGAUUGUGUCGCAGUUUUUAUCAACAAACAAAAGAGUCAUACUUCAUAGAGACAUUAAAACCAUUAUUGUUUUUAAAACGAUUUAUAAAUUUUAUUGCGAUGGCUUUGACAAAUGUAUUGCUGCUAAGCCAAAUAGCGGGCUACGUGAUCGGCCUUAUUUUGUCUCUAUGUAUAAUUGUUCCUAUGAGCAUGCACCAGGAUGAGUUCAGUGGGCACUGUCUGCUCUUCUCCAAGGGAACCUGGCAAGAGGAAGAUGGCCAGCUACUUGUGAUGUGGGCCUCUCGUGCAUAUUGCAACUAUGUAAUCGUGGUUGGAGUGAUCAUGUUUAUAGUAUGCAGUGUACAAAUAUAUAGACUGUCGGUGUUCAUGUACCGCGGCACAGACAGCUCGUUCUUGUCGGCUUUUAUCGAGGCAGCAGUGUGCGCGCUGCUAUGUGCCCUGGGCGUUUCGGCUGCCGUGCUCGUGACGCUCGGCUUUAUGACCUGGUGCCAGAACAUUGUGGAGCGGUUCCCAAGUUGUGAGGAUGCGACCGGCCAAGAUAUAGAUAAAAAAGACAAAAUAUCAACACAUGGAUUCUACAUUGAACUUGGAACCGCUCAAUUCGGCGCGUGGGGCGCGUUCGCGACGUGGGUGGGGCUCGCCGUGUUCUCCACGCUCAAGGUGUGUCGCUACCACCAGCUGCAGAACAUACAGGUGUCCAUGUACCGCGAGCGGCAGAGGCUCGUCAACGAGGGAGGGUCCACCCCGCCCCACCACUAACUGCAGCGCGCUGAAAAAGUCAGUGCCAAUACGUCCAAAGCGUCCCAUAUGCCAUCUCACUCGCACACGUCCGCCCCGAGGGAGACGGGAAGAGAUGUAUUCGUAAACAAGAAAUAGGAAUACUGUUGAUUCCAUAUCUCGUUUAACAGUGAAGACUCCUCUUCGCCAGAUUUUGAAAUUAUAAAAUAAGCGAUGUAUAUAUAUAUUGUAGCUUAAAUGUUUAUUUCGCUUAAAUUAAUUAUGUUUCAUACAUUGUCCAUAGUUAAAAAAAUAUAAAAUCAAGAGUUUGUAAUAAAUUUAUGUACUAAAAUAUACUCUGUAAAUAUAGCUUAGUUUAAUAUAAAAUAUUAACUUUGUUUGGGCUGCGUAUAUCGACGUGGCAAUGUUGUUCGGAGUCCUGGGACUGGGCUUUCAUCCCUACGAUAGUAGGUUGUUGAUAGUAGGUUGUCGACACUAAAUUGUUAUGAGAUUUCAAUAACUCAACAAUUGUAGUGAUUUUAAAUUUAGAAACGUACAGCUUCAUUUCAAAAUGUAUAACGUGUAAACACUGUAUACUCUAUUCCAAUCAUAACAGGAAAAAAAGCCAAAUAAACAACAUUUGACAGCAAAUUGAC